AUGCAGCGCCGGGGCGCCCUGUUCGGCAUGCCGGGCGGCAGCGGUGGCAGGAAGAUGGCUGCAGGAGACAUCGGCGAGCUGCUUGUACCGCUCAUGCCCACGAUCCGCGUGCCCCGCUCCGGGGACCGCGUCUACAAGAACGAGUGCGCCUUCUCCUACGACUCCCCAAAUUCUGAAGGUGGACUCUAUGUAUGCAUGAAUACAUUUUUGGCCUUUGGAAGGGAACACGUUGAAAGACAUUUUCGAAAAACUGGACAGAGUGUAUACAUGCACCUGAAAAGACACGUGAGAGAGAAGGUAAGAGGGGCCUCUGGUGGUGCUUUACCAAAAAGGAGGAAUUCCAAGAUAUUUUUAGAUCUAGAUACUGACGACGAUUUAAAUAGCGACGAUUAUGAAUAUGAAGAUGAAGCCAAACUUGUCAUAUUCCCAGACCACUAUGAAAUAGCACUGCCCAAUAUUGAGGAGUUGCCAGCCCUGGUAACAAUUGCUUGUGAUGCUGUUCUCAGCUCAAAAUCGCCAUACAGAAAGCAGGACCCAGACACAUGGGAAAAUGAGUUGCCAGUAUCUAAAUAUGCCAAUAACCUUACCCAACUGGACAAUGGAGUCAGGAUUCCUCCAAGUGGUUGGAAGUGUGCCAGGUGUGACCUGCGAGAAAACCUCUGGUUGAAUCUGACCGAUGGCUCCAUCCUGUGUGGAAAGUGGUUCUUUGACAGCUCCGGGGGUAACGGGCAUGCGCUGGAGCAUUACAGAGACAUGGGCUACCCACUGGCCGUGAAGCUGGGCACCAUCACUCCCGAUGGAGCAGAUGUUUAUUCCUUUCAAGAAGAGGAACCUGUUUUGGAUCCUCAUUUGGCCAAGCACUUAGCACAUUUUGGAAUUGAUAUGCUCCACAUGCAUGGGACAGAGAAUGGGCUCCGGGACAAUGACAUCAAGCCGCGGGUCAGUGAGUGGGAAGUGAUCCAGGAGUCGGGAACGAAGCUGAAGCCCAUGUACGGCCCCGGGUACACGGGUCUGAAGAACCUGGGCAACAGCUGCUAUCUCAGCUCUGUCAUGCAGGCCAUCUUCAGCAUCCCGGAGUUCCAGAGAGCGUAUGUAGGAAACCUUCCCAGAAUAUUCGACUACUCUCCUUUGGACCCAACACAAGAUUUCAAUACACAGAUGACUAAGUUAGGACACGGCCUUCUCUCAGGCCAGUAUUCAAAGCCUCCCGUGAAAUCCGAGCUCAUUGAGCAGGUGAUGAAGGAGGAACAGAAGCCUCACCAGAAUGGGAUCUCUCCACGCAUGUUUAAGGCCUUUGUGAGCAAGAGCCACCCGGAAUUCUCCUCGAACAGACAGCAAGAUGCCCAGGAGUUUUUCUUGCACCUGGUGAAUCUUGUGGAGAGGAACCGCAUCGGCUCAGAAAACCCAAGUGAUGUUUUUCGGUUCCUGGUGGAAGAACGCAUCCAGUGCUGUCAGACUCGGAAAGUCCGCUACACAGAGAGGGUGGACUACCUCAUGCAGCUACCAGUGGCCAUGGAGGCAGCAACCAACAAGGAUGAACUGAUUGCCUAUGAAUUAACAAGAAGGGAGGCAGAAGCCAACAGAAGGCCCCUUCCUGAGCUGGUGCGAGCCAAAAUACCAUUUAGUGCCUGCCUUCAGGCCUUCUCUGAACCAGACAAUGUGGAUGAUUUCUGGAGCAGCGCCCUACAAGCCAAGUCUGCUGGUGUGAAAACAUCUCGCUUUGCCUCAUUCCCCGAGUACUUGGUAGUGCAGAUAAAGAAGUUCACUUUUGGUCUUGACUGGGUUCCCAAAAAAUUUGAUGUUUCCAUUGAUAUGCCAGACCUACUUGAUAUCAACCAUCUCCGAGCCAGGGGGCUGCAGCCAGGAGAGGAAGAACUUCCAGACAUCAGCCCCCCCAUAGUCAUCCCUGAUGACUCAAAAGAUCGCCUGAUGAACCAAUUGAUAGACCCAUCAGACAUCGAUGAGUCGUCGGUGAUGCAGCUGGCCGAGAUGGGCUUCCCUCUAGAAGCGUGUCGGAAGGCUGUGUACUUCACUGGAAAUAUGGGAGCUGAGGUGGCCUUCAACUGGAUCAUUGUUCACAUGGAAGAGCCAGAUUUUGCUGAGCCACUGACAAUGCCUGGUUAUGGAGGAGCAGCUUCUGCUGGAGCCUCUAUUUUUGGUGCUACUGGGUUGGAUAACCAACCACCAGAGGAGAUUGUAGCUAUCAUCACCUCUAUGGGAUUCCAGCGAAAUCAGGCUGUUCAGGCACUACGAGCAACGAGUAAUAACUUGGAAAGAGCAUUGGAUUGGAUCUUCAGCCACCCAGAGUUUGAAGAAGACAGUGACUUUGUGAUUGAGAUGGAGAAUAAUGCCAAUGCAAACAUUAUUUCUGAGGCCAAACCUGAAGGACCUAGAGUCAAGGAUGGAUCUGGAAUGUAUGAGUUAUUCGCAUUCAUCAGUCACAUGGGAACAUCUACAAUGAGUGGUCAUUACGUUUGCCAUAUCAAAAAGGAAGGAAGGUGGGUGAUCUACAAUGACCACAAAGUUUGUGCCUCUGAAAGACCCCCUAAAGACCUGGGCUACAUGUACUUUUACCGCAGGAUACCCAGCUAAACCUCAGACAGACGAAUUGGCGAGAAGAAGCCAUACACUUUUUAAUUUGCCAAAAAAAAAAAAAAAAAAAAAAAAGGGAUAGCCAGACAUGAAUGAAUACAUGGGGGUAUUUAUAGUUUAUUUAAAGAGCAAGAUCAUUUGACGCCUUCUGAAAUAGAACUGGGAAGAAAUUUGUAUCAGUGAUGAAACACUAUUGUAGAUAGUUUUUAUAAAUGUUCAAGGAGAGGAGGUUAUUAAAAAAAAAAAAAAGGUAUUCUUGUUGCUGGUGAGGCAUCUCCCAUUGACAAAUUCAAAGUGGCCAUGUGACCCCAGUCCUCUAGUUCUCUUGGGGCCCAGUGGUAGUGGCUUCCAGAGAAAUCAAUCUAUGUGGCCAGUGGUGUGGCCUCAGCUACAAUACAUGAAAAGCCCACUCUGUUUCAUCAGGAGAAUCAGCAACUGGGCUGAGCUUUUUUGUGACAUAUUUUUUUUCCAUUGCGCACAAUAAUUUCUGACCUAUCCUUGUAUAAUAGAGCACCUGCAAUGAGAGGUAUUUUUAAUUUAAAUCAUAUCAAACCUCAUAAUAAAAUUGUGUGAAUGCAUAUGAGAGUGAGUGUGUGUGAGUGUGUGAGACCUUUGUAGUCCCCUAGAAAAUCUGUAAGGGGCUGGCUUGUAAAGGCUACAUAGUUUGGUAUUUAGCAUAUGUAGAAAAGGCAAGUAAAUAUUUUAACGAAACUAUAACUCAGGAAAAGUUUAACAAAUUAGUUCCCCACCUAGAUUUUAAGGAUUGAAGAGGGCUGUGUUAUGCCUUGCGAAGCUAUCAAGAAUUCACCUGGCUUGGACACUGAUGGUGCAAGGCCAGAUGCCCACAGCAGUGCAGUGUUGUACUUUGCCAAAGGUCAAUGAACUGUUUUUUUCAGCAGCCCUUUCUCAAAAGUAGAGUGUUUAUUUUCAGUUAAAAUAGCUAAUCUGUUCUCGCGAUCCCACAUGAGGACUGCCUGGAAUCAUGUUAAGUGCCCCAGAUUUGUAGCUUUCCCAUCUCAGGCUCUUUGCUGCCUUGACUUUUAGAUCUUUGUUGGUGUAUCACCUCCUGACUUGCCUUUUUUGCUUCUCUGCCUAUGGCCAACAGUGAGAUCUUGGGCACUGUAAGGAUUUCAGCUGCAAAGAAACUCAUGACCUUGUGAAAGACCAUCCUUUGCAUUCUAGUUAUCUUAGUCUUUUAGUUACAACCUGGGAUUAGAUCAGAGUUUCAAAUGCAGUGAGAAGGGAACCAUAGCAUUCUCUAGAUUUCCUACUGCUCUGCUUCAAAUUUCAGAGUCUGGAAUUUCUGUUUCAGAUUAUUCAGACAAAUGCAAAAGGAUUUAUUUUUGUCUACUUGUCUAAUGUGUUUGGUUGAAAGGAUCUUUCUAGAAGCCGUAGGAAAUAAGACAGAGCCAAUGGAUGAAUUAAUGCAAGAGACAUUAGAUUAACAUGUGGUGAGUUGUGAAAAUCAGGGCUCUCAUUAUGAUCUGGGCCCCUGUCUCACGAGACAUCACUUAUACCAGGCUAGUGAGGGUUGUAAAGCCCGAGGCUGUGGCCUAGAGACCUGGGUGCUGCUCCUACCUGGCUGUGGACCUUGGGCAAGUCCCACAUCCUCCCUGUGCCUCCCUCUUCUUAUCUGUACAAUGGUGUGAUGACACCUGCCCUCUCUUUCCAAUUGUGCUUUGAGGCUACAGUGAGAUUCGAUCCGAUGAACCCUUAAGGAAGAAGGUGUUGUGCCCUGGUGGGUCCCAGUAGAGCAUGUUCCCUGCCUUCUCCCAUCUGAAGUUUUCUUCCAUUGGAAACAAAUGAGAUGGGCAAAAGGAGGGAGCUCAUGGUGCAGGAAUUCUCUACUCCGCUGUGCCCACGGUGUCACCUUCUCGUGUUGACGUGGAGAUCCCGUAGCAGCCCCACUCUCUUACGUGAGUCUCUGACUCCCGUGGAAAUCCCCACAUUAAGUAGCCUUACAAAUUCCAGUCCCUUUCGGGCUGAGUAUUGUAGAAUAAAGACUCUAAACACACAUCAGAAAUGGCUUGUUUUCAAUGAUCUUACAAAGCAAAGACCUUUUUAGGGGGUGGGGGUGGUUGGGGAUUUGGAUUGAAAUGUGGAAAAAGAUAGCAUGUGUAUUUUGAACAAAAAUUUUAUAAUAAAACUUAGCAAAAUCUAUGGUGUAAAAUCAGUACUUAAAACUAUAGACUACAAAUUAUUUAAUUUCAAUAAGUAGAAAAGGAAAUCUAGCCCUUCAGAUGCCUAAACAUAUUGUAAGAAAGUGGAUUAUGGCUGCUUUUUUUCUGCCUCACAAAACAAAGGGCUAUUUCUACAAGGCUAAGUUUUGUCUGUGUGAGAUUCUUUAUUUCAGAUUGAGAGAUGGGGAAAACUGGAGCAAACAACGGAUUUCUUUCUUGCUUAAAAAUGUGUUUAUAUGUGUAUCGUAAUAUAUAUAAGGCACAUUUUGCUGGAAUAAAAGUCUGGAAUGUAUUGUUAAUUUUACACAUGUGUAUAGUUGAGAUUAUUUGUGAUUGGAAACUGGAUUACUAUGUGGAUUGUGUCACCUGAUUAUAAGCCUGUUAGGAGUCCUCGGUGAGAGGCACGGUGGUAUAAUUGUGAAGUCCUCACUGUAUGUAGGUGUCUGCGUGAGAGGUAGCACUUUCUUCCUGUAAAUAUCUUUUGAUAUCCAUUUGUGUAGAAUCCCAUUGAAUGUGUCUUUGGAAAAUGUGAUGUAUCAAGGUUUUUACUUUGUCAGUUGAUCUAAAUGCCCAUGUAACUAAUCCGAAGUCCUCUUUGGUUCAGAUUGGGAUUUUCUCCUAAGGGAAAGUAUGCAGAAAAGACUACUGGAAGAACCGGGGCUGAAAGAUGUUUUAUGUCAACAUCGCUUCAGUGCUUUGGAACUGACGAGGCUGCCUGCUGGCCCCCACAAGAGAAUGUGCCUGCCUGUCCCUGUUGUUCAGCUUGGGUUGUGGGAAAUGCAGGGGUGAAUAACUGGAGCCUGUCCCUUCUCGCGUCAUUUCUGUCCUCCACCUGAGCUGGAGCCUUACCUGCAGCUCACAGGGUGCGCUCCUGGGUUUGUACACCGACUCCACCUGUGCAGGUGAUGGGGGCUCAGGUGUUUUCUCUCUCUGGGCGUUUUUCUUUAGAACGAGUGGGUUAGACCAAAUAAGCUCAGAAAUCCCUUCCUGUGCUACCAUUUUAUUCUGUUUUCACUUCCCUGAGGUUAAUAGCAGGAUCAGGCCUGUGAGAUACGAGGGAUCACUCAGAGGUUUCAGUGUUGUUUUUGGAUCCCUAGAGUUUAUACACCGCAGUGUUGGACCUGAGACCUUUUAGUGUCCCCACCCACUUUCUAUCCCUGUUUCGCUUAUCUUUAUUGGCUUUGGUAAUCAUCCCAUUUUUCUCCCCUUCUUACAACUCACAGCUUUCCACUUCAUGAGGUACGUAGCUAUUGGCUCCCUCAAGAACAAAAAAAAAUCCACUUAAAGUACCUCCUAGAAAAGCCUCAGAACUACCUUCAGGUACAUCCGUAGCUUUUAUAAGGAUAUUUAAGCAUUCUAAUUCAGUGGCAGCAUGAAAUGCUGACAGAGCUGUCUGUUACAGAAAGGAUGUGCUGUGCAUCUCAGAGGCAUAACUGUUGCAAAGUCACGUCAUCAGUACAGGCUGUCUGGAGAUGGCACCGGCCAGGGCGGGACCUGGGGAUGGAAUUCUGUUCUUCCGGUGAGGUCAAAAACCCUAGGUUAUAUAACAAGGUUCUGUACUCUUCCGUUGGCACAUAAGGUUCACGUAGCGUCAAGAAAUGUCCCACUUGUAACUCAUCCUGCAAAGUUUGCCUACGAGUCUCUAGACCUGUGCUAUUCAGUAUGGAGGUAGGCACAUGUGGCCAGUGACCUGCCAACAUGGAGCCUGUCCCAACUGAGAUUUUGGUGUACAUGAAAAAUACACACCAGACCUUGGAGACUUGGCACCCUAAAAAAAAAUUUCACAGUAUUUUAUCUUGAUUACAUGCUGCAAUGAUGCUAUUUUGGACUUAUUAAUUAGAUAAAAUAUGAAUACAUUUGAUAUUAAAAUUAUUUU